GCUCCAAGAAGAAGCUACGAAAAUGCAGGAAUCCCUUCUCAGCCAAAACAAGUCCCUGUACCUGGAGCGGGAUCAGGCGAAGGCUAACCAUGAUACCACCAUGGCUACUCUGAAUGAUCUACUUCCCCUAAAGUACAGCUCACAGAUGCAGCUGAACAUGACGUGGGAGAAUAUAGAGGAGCUGAAGUCCUGCAUUGCUGGCGUCGAGCAGGACAGGUUAACCCUGGAGCAGAACAUGAAGCUGGAGAGACAAGCCUCCUCCGUGAAAAGAAAUGACCUCUUGAAAGAGGUGAGAAACGCUGAGGAGCAGACAGAGCAGCAAAACCACCUGAACAGGAGUAGCAGAAGAGAGCUGGAUAGCAUUACCAACAAGAAAGACAAAGCCCAGGGACGGCUGGAUGAGCUGAUGGAUGAGUUGGGUAAGGUCAAGAACAACAUACACAGACUGAAUGUGUCACGGCACCAUCAUGAGGAGCAGCUGGAAGGGGAAGUCCAAAAGCAACGGGAGCUGAGGCAACAGAGGGAUCUGCUGAAGGAGGAACUGCAUGAGUUGGAGGAAGCCUUCAGCCUCACUGUGCAGAACUUGCAAGAGGAAAUCGUCACAAUGGACAGUAAAAUAAAGGAGGGCAGCGCAUCAAAACAGCAUUUCGAGGCAGCGCUGACUCAGGUCUGUGAGGUGUUCAAGCAUCGGCACACUAAAGAGAACUUGGUCAGGGCUGAUUAUCAGCAGGUCUCCCAGCAGCUGGAGUGGUCCAGGCUGAAGCUGGAGGAGCGUAUUGCCUCCAUCAUCAAGUAUGGCAGGGAGAUCAAAGAGAUGGAGAAGCAGAUCAAAGAGCUCAAGGAAACUGAUGUAAUUGACAAGCGUCUCGUUGAGAGGAAUCAGGAAGAGCUACGCAGCAACAUGGAUGCAGGAGAAAAGAAUGUGGGCUGGCUUCAGGAGGAGAAAAAGCGACUCCUGCAGCUCCUGAAGGAGGCAAAGAGGAAACAGGAGGAGCAUAUUGAGAAAAUGACAUCUGACAUCAGUAGUACCCAGAGAAGAUAUGAGGAGCUGCUUCAAAAAAAAGAAGCGCUCCUGAGGCAGGAGCCCAAGACCACUGAUGCCAGCCUCCUGAUGAGGCAUGUGACCCGGUCCAAGGAGGAGUACGAAAGGAUCGAGAGCCGGCAGCGCCAGGAGUUAAAGAAGCUCACCACUGACGUCGACAAGGUUGCUCAGAGUGUUAAGGAGAAGCAGAGGGAGGUGGAGGAGAAGGAAAAGAUUCUGAAGAAGGUGGAGGCCGAGUGGAGCGAUGAGCAGAACAGGCACCACAGGAUGGAAGAGCUUCUCAAUGAGCUGAGGAAGAGGAGGAGUGAGCUGGAGCUUUCAAUUCAGGCACUGAAGGAGAAAACCAGUGAACUCCUUCAGCCCAAAGAGGAAAUGAAGGCUGAGCUGGAGAGGCUGCAAACAUGCCACAUCAACACGCUCCACAGACAGGCAUCUGAGCUGAGAGCCGUGGAGGUGGGCAUCUACGACUGCGGUGUGAAACUGGAGCAAGUCACCGUGGAGAACAGCAGGCUGCAGUUCCAUAUCAGUCAGAUGACGGAGGACAUCGAAACAGCCAAACAGGAGGCGCACAAAUACUGGCAGGAGGCUCAGAAGUUCAGGCAAGACACAGAGGCAUUAUGGGAAAGCUUACAGCAAGCCUGGGCGGAGGAUUUAAUGUUAACCCAGGACCACGAGAGCAGUGAAGGCAUCCUGUUCAUGUCGAUCAGUUCUCUGCUUGAACAUCUGAAGAAUCGGAAACAGCAGUUAGGAAACUUUAGCACGCUCCUUCACCAACAAAUGCUCGACUUCAGCAAACGACUGGGAGACAAGACCACAGCGAAACUAUGCAGCUGACUUGAUCCAGGAUGACAAGUGGACUGACUUCAGGAUGUCAGUCUGCUGUCUGUGCACAGGCAACGUUUGAGCCUGAUAUUAACCUGUAAUGUGGACAAAAAAAAGUUUGGUAUAAGAUGAAGAUAGUUUGAAAUACGUUUUUGUUGUGGUUGGUUCACUUUGUUUCUUGACACAAUUAUCUGAAAAAUGUUACCAGAGGUGGUGCUCGGUCCAAUUUAAAACUGAACUUAUGGAGUUGAUGAAUUUUUGAAAGUGGUUUUUGUUUGCGAGAUGGGCAUAAUUGCACUUCUCGUGCACUUUCACAAAUACAAAUCAUUUCCUGUGUGACUCCUACCAGCAGAUGGCAGAAUAGAUCUGGCUUUUCCUCAGCGUGACCUUUCCCCGCAGUUACAGGGUCAAACGCACACCCACUUGUACUUCCUCUCAACAAAAACAGGCAUACACAUGUAUCCACAGGCAUGUACUCAGAGGGUUAAUACUGGUUUACUAAGACGGAACGAAAAACAAGGCUGCAGCUGCCAAAAAGUCAGUUUUAAGAGGAAGUCGUCAUUUUAUUCCAGUAAAGAAGGUAAGUCUCCAAAAAACCCAGAAGUAAACUUUACUUUGAUCUAAGGUAUCUGUAGCUUUGUGCUUUGGCUGAACCUUCGUUUAUAUUUAGACAGUUUUGUUCAUGUUUUUAGUAUCUUUGUCUCUAAAUAUAUCUGCUUAUCUCGUGUUCAGGA